AUGCAAGAUUUGAUAAACCAACGACAAUCGAUCCAAUCUUCUUUUGACAAGCAAAGUGAAAAGACAAGAAGUGAUUAUCGGAUGCGUUUAAAUGCCUCAAUUGAUGUAGCAAGAUUUCUCUUGACAUCGGGAUUUCCAUUUCGUGGACAUGAUGAAAGUGAAGGUUCCGAAUAUAAGAGUGCUUUUCUUGAACUUUUGAAAUGGUAUGGGGAUAGAAGUUUUGAUGUGGGAAGAGUAAUAUUAGGUAAUGAUAUGAUGAUUUGUCCGACAAUUCAAAAAGAUAUUGUGGAGGCUUGUGCUAAAGAAACAACUAAGGCUAUCAUUGAAGACUUGGACGGUGAUUAUUUUGGAAUAUUAAUUGAUGAAUCAAAAGAUGUUUCUCAUAAGGAGCAAAUGGCUCUAAUUUUGAGAUAUGUCAACAAAAGUGGAAUGGUGAUAGAGCGAUUCUUGGGUAUUGUCCACGUGUUGCUAUUGACGAAUGAGUUGAAUAAAGUUUUACAAAAGAAAGAUCAAGAUAUCGUUAAUGCUAUGGGAUUGCUUGACCUUUCAAAGAAACGAUUGCAAAUGAUGAGAAAGGAUGAAUGGGACUCUAUGAUGGAUGAGGUUAGCUUAUUUUGUGGUAAACAUGGUAUUUCAAUUCCCAAAAUGAAUGAAGGCUACUCUAAUGGGAAGUCAAAGCGUAAGAGGUCCAAUAUUUCAUAUUUGCAUCACUUUCGUGUGGAAGUAUUUUAUGCCGUCAUUGAUUUGGCACUUCAAGAACUCAAUAAUCGUUUUGAUGUGGUGACUAGUGACUUGCUCCUCGGUAUGGCUAGUUUGAGUCCGGUUGAUUCAUUUGCUAAUUCUCACAAGGAUAGGAUAAUGAAACUAGCCGAGUACUAUCCAAGUGAGUUUGGUGAUAAAGAGCUUCGGGAACUCAAUUUUCAACUCGAUGAUUUUAUUGUCUAUGCUCAAAAGUGUGAUAGCAAGUUUCUCAACUUGAAGGGAAUCAAGGAUCUUGCAAGAGUGAUGGUAGGGACAAAACUAGAUCAAACUUGGUCACUUGUGUAUCUACUUGUGAAGCUAACUUUAAUUAUUCAUGUUGCUACCGCAAGCGUGAAAAGAGCAUUCUCAUCAAUGAAGUACAUAAAGAAUGAUUUGCGUAAUAGGAUGGAUGAAGAUCUUUUGAAUGAGUUCGAGAGAAAAGUAUCUGAAUCGUGUGGUUUGACACCCACGACCGCGAAGACUAAGAAGAAUGGUUUACGCAAAUGCAAUGCAGAGCUUGCGAUCACGAAGACCAAUUUUAGUGGCAUUCGCAAACAUGAUUCAAAGAUCGCAGAUGUGAAGAACAAGCUAGCUGCACCAGCAAAGACUAUACCAACCUAA